AUGAAAAUCACAAUAGAUGAGAUUCCCGUGUAUUUUCCAUAUGAAUCUGUGUAUCCAGAACAGCUCAAGUACAUGAGGGAAAUCAAGAGAUGUCUUGACAACAAGGGCCACUGCUUGAUAGAAAUGCCAUCAGGCACGGGCAAAACAGUGGCUCUUCUCAGCAUGACAAUAAGCUAUCAGAUACACAUGAAGGAGCAGAAUGUCUGUUUUAAGGUGAUAUAUUGUUCCAGAACAGUUCCAGAGGUUGAAAAGACAUUGAAAGAGCUGGAUAGAGUAAUUGAAUACAUAAAAACAUACCGGCCUGUGAGCUUCCUGGGGCUAGGAUUAACAGGAAGACGGAAUCUUUGCAUAAACAAAGCUGCUACAAAAAGUUUCAACAUAGACCUUGCAUGCCGAACAUUCAUAAACAAGCUGAUUGAUUCCAAAUGCGAUUUUUAUGAAAACCUUGAAGGCUUCCACGAAAUUCCCGCUGCUGUUUAUGACUUUAGCCAGCUAAAGGAAAUGGGAGAGAAGCGAGGAAUAUGCCCUUACUACCUUGUUAGAAGAUCGAUUCCUGCAUGUGAUUGCAUAGUAUACACAUACAACUACCUUAUAGAUCCACGAAUAUACUCGAUUGUCUCGAAAGAGCUUGGCCCUGAUUGUGUGGUGAUAUUUGAUGAAGCGCAUAACAUAGAUAGCCAUUGCAUAGAGUCAUUGUCUAUUGAAAUCAAGCGUAAUGUGCUGGAGGGUGCAUCGAGAGCAACAAAGAGCCUUGAAGAUCUGCUGAUGAAAAAGGGCGAAGUGGCGGAUGGCAUGCACCUUAACACAUUUAAUGGGAAAAAACGAGAAAAGCUGUCUGAGCCAAUUGCAGGCACCAUUCCAUACUUCUAUGCUUCUGGAGAAGGUGAGUAUGAGUAUAUUCCCGGGAACCUUAGAAACUCGUUCCACUUCAUGUCUGUCAUGAAGCGAAUAACAGAGUUUCUGAAAACAAAGCUUAAGACGAUGCAUCUUACAACAGAGUCAACAGAGUCUUUUUGUAAAAGCAUCAAGGAGCUGGCUUUUGUGGAGAAGAAGGCACUGAGGUUUUGCUCCCAGCGCCUAGGUAUUCUUUGCCAGGCACUUGGUGUUGAUGAUGAAGAUACCUCACAUCUCAAGACGGUUGCUGAGCUGUCGACAAUGGUUUCUAUGUAUUCAAAGGGGUUUGUAGUAGUGUUUGAACCGUUUGACUCGCAGGCAUCCACCGUUUUCAAUCCAACGCUUCGAUUGGCAUGCCUGGACUCAUCAAUUGCAAUGGCGCCUAUUUUUUCGAAGUUCAGGAAUGUGAUAAUAACAAGCGGAACACUCAGUCCAAUCGAUAUAUAUCCAAAGAUACUGAACUUUGCGCCAUCAAGAACAGUGGAGAUAGGCGCAACGCUUGAUAGAAACUCAAUAUCACCUCUGAUAAUAACAAAGGGAAAUGAUCAAAUGACUUUGAGAUCGUUUAAUGACGAUGGAGACGGCGCAGAUCCCAGCCAUGGCGAUUCAAUGACCACUUCGUUUUCCCUUAGAUCAGAUCCUUCUGUGGUAAGGAACUAUGGGCAUCUUGUUGUAGAGCUUUCCAAGGUUGUUCCCGACGGAAUGGUAUGCUUUUUUCCGUCGUACAUGUACAUGGAGGAGAUAGUAAGUCUCUGGGCAGAAACAAACAUAGUCAACGAGCUCAGCAACAAUAAGCUCGUGUUUGUUGAGACGCCCGACUACAGAGAGACCGAGAUGGCUCUUGCAAACUACAAAAAAGCGUGUGAGAAUGGAAGAGGAGCGAUUCUGUUCAGUGUUGCCCGAGGAAAGGUGUCUGAGGGUGUUGACUUUGAGGAUGGAUAUGGCAGGUGUGUUGUCAUGAUAGGGAUUCCGUUUCAAUACACAGAAAGUGUGCGCCUGAAGAAAAGGCUAGAGUUUCUAAGGCUAGAGUAUGGUGUCAAGGAGUAUGAGUUUCUGACGUUUGAUGCAAUGAGGCAUGCAGCUCAAUGUCUUGGGCGUGUCUUAAGGAAUAAGAACGAUUAUGGUCUCAUGGUGCUUGCAGACGAGCGAUUUGAGAGGAAUGAUAAAAAAGGGAAACUCCCGAAGUGGAUCCAGAAGCGCAUUGAAGGUGGAAACUGUAAUCUCAGUGUGGAUAUGGCUUUGGCAAUUGCAAGAAGAUUCUACAGAGAAAUGGCACAAGAAUGCAUUGCAACAGGAAGCAGCCUUCUGAGUGGAGAAGAUGUACAGAAGUUUUGCUUUGAAUAG